AUGGCAGCAGUCCCGUUCCAAGCUGGGCUGCAUUCGCCGCACCUCUGUGGGCCGUAUGCGGCCACAGUGGUGGGGCCAGAGGUCAAAGAUGCUUCACCAACCGGAUUGCAGGUCUACUGCGACUUGGAUGGGGUUUUGGCGGACUUCAACAAAGGCUGCUUGGAACUCUUCCCUGAGGGAGGCAUCAUCGCUGAGAAGAUUCCCACCCAUUUGGUUACGAAACUCACCUGGGAGGAGGAGACUGAGAUGUGGAGACGAGUGGAGGAGACCAGUGGAGACCUGCCGGCAGUGAAUGGAGAGAAGUCGGACUUCUUCCUCUCUUUGGACUGGACCUCGGAUGGCGAGGAACUCUGGCGCUGGAUCGAUUGGAACGUGGUGCCCUCCCCAGCCAUCUUGACCGGUUUGCCGAUGGGACGUGCGGGACAGAUGGCUUCCAAGCAGAAGGACGGCGAGAGUAACAAGCAGAAGUUCAGCGGCCCCAACUGCAUCUUGAUCGAUGACCGCGGUGACUUGCGAGAAGCCUGGGAGGCACGAGGUGGGCUCUUCAUUCAUCAUACCUCCGCCGCCGAGAGCAUCCGCCAGCUGCGCGAAGCCUUGAACGCCUUCCAUCGAAGCGAUCGGAGCCGGCCGGGCGAGGAGAAGAGCCCCCCGGAGCGUCUCCACCGUCGCAACGUCCUCACCGAGCACACUUGGUGCUCCUUUGCAACUGACCAGCGUUUGUUGGGCUGCGCAGACACCGGCAGGGCUGCCUUCAAAGGUCAAAAUGAUCAGAUGGACGAGCAGUCACAGGGAGCUUUCCGCAAGAUGCUGGAAACCCUUCGAGAGUGCUGUGAAUUGGGAUUGCCGCUGACCUUUCUACAAGAUCACCAAGGCACCCAGUCUACCCAGGGCACCCUGAUGGCUCCGUCACCUUUGCCACCACUUCCUUGGCAAGUGAAACAAGUGCACGAGAAGAUGACAGAGUUCUGCGUGGCCCUGGUGCAAUUUUGUCUGGAUCUUGAUGAAGCGCUGAGGUCAGACCUGGACUUGGUCCUUUGCUGCGAAGUCGAGGCAACGAAGCUUUUGAGUGGCGUGCCUCAUUUGUGGUGCUUCCAUGAUAUUCAUGGUGCAUCACAGGAAGCAGUUGCAGGAUCCUGA